AUGACACACGAAGCCCGCACCGCGCCUCCCGAGGCCGUGGGUGGGCCACACGCCCCCGUCAACCAAGAAGAUGGCGCACGGCCGCUGUUGGAGAGGGCCGCAGGGGAGGCGACGCCAUCGAUACAAACGAGCGAGCCACCGCUGCCCCCUGAGGCAGUGCAGGAAGAAGACACACAAAAAGUCGCCCACAACGCCCACGGGGAAGAAGACGUGGAACGGUGUGGGUGGGCGAGGUCGGUGAUGGCGUCGUUCUCAUCGAUAGUUCCACCGGGCGGGAUGCUGUCCACCGUGUUCAACAUUGCCUCCAUAUGC